UUGCCUAAUGGACGUUUAAACGCGUAAUUCUGUCGCAUCAUCGCAGCUUUUUUUAUCGUUUUUGCUCUGAUUUGGGAUUCUGAUAAAAUUAUGAGUCAACGACAGAUAUUGCAAGUGUUUGAGCAAUACCAGAAAGCAAGAACACAGUUUGUGCAAACUGUAGCAGAUCUUGCUACAAGACCACAAAAUAGUGAAACUCUUCAAAAUGCUGGUGUAAUGUCCCUUUUGAGGCCUCUCCUUUUGGAUGCAGUCCCAACUAUUCAGCAGACAGCAGCUCUGGCUCUCGGAAGGCUUGCCAACUAUAACGAUGACCUGGCUGAGGCUGUAGUAAAGGGAGACAUUCUUCCUCAGCUUGUGUACUCCCUGGCUGAGCAAAACCGAUUCUAUAAGAAAGCGGCUGCAUUCGUUCUUCGGGCUGUUGCUAAGCAUUCCCCUGAGCUGGCCCAGGCUGUGGUGGACUGUGGAGCACUGGACGCUCUUGUCAUCUCCCUGGAGGAGUUCGAUCCUGGGGUCAAAGAGGCUGCUGCAUGGGCUAUAGGCAACAUCGCCAGACAUAAUGCCCAGCUGUCUCAGGCAGUGGUUGAUGCUGGAGUAGUGCCUCUGCUCGUGUUAUGUAUCCAGGAACCUGAAAUCGCCCUGAAGAGAGUUGCUGCUUCUGCUCUGAGCGAUAUAGCCAAACAUUCUCCAGAGCUGGCUCAAACUGUGGUGGACAUUGGGGCAAUCGCACAUCUAGCACAGAUGAUUCUAAACCCAGAUGCCAAAUUGAAGAGGCAGGUUUUUUCAGCUCUCGGUCAAAUCGCCAAGCAUUCUGUUGAUGUAGCUGAGAUGGUGGUGGAGGCUGAGAUAUUCCCUGCUGCACUCGUUUGCCUAAAGGACCCAGAUGAAUAUGUUCGGAAGAAUGUUGCCACUCUUAUUCGGGAAAUCACAAAACACACCCCCGAGCUGUCCCAGAUGAUAGUGAAUGUGGGGGGCGUAGCAGCCGUGAUUGACUACCUCGGGGACUCCAAAGGGAAUGUACGCCUGCCGGGGAUCAUGAUGCUGGGCUACGUGGCUGCACACUCCGAGAACUUAGCCAUGGCUGUGAUUGUAUCUAAAGGAGUACCACAGUUGGCAAUCUGCCUUGAGGAAGAGCAAGAAGAUCACGUCAAAGCAGCCAUAGCUUGGGCAUUUGGUCAGAUUGGUCGGCACACACCUGAGCAUGCAAGAAUAGUUGCUGUGGCUAAUGUGUUCCCUAAACUCCUAAACCUUUAUUUGGACACUGAGAGUUCUGAAGAUCUGCAGGUCAAGGCCAAAAAGGGACUGAAGAGCAUCCUUCAGAAGUGUACUUAUCUACCAGCACUAGAGCCUCUUCUCUAUGAAGCUCCCAGCAACAUUCUUAAACAUGUCAUCUGCCAGUUCAGUAAGGUUCUUCCUCAUGACAGCAAGGCACGGCGUUUGUUUGUUACCAGUGGUGGCUUGAAGAAGGUACAGGAGAUCAAAGCAGAACCUGGUUCUGCAAUUCAGGAAUAUAUCAAUGCAAUCAACAACUGUUACCCUGAGGAGAUUGUCAGAUAUUAUUCCCCUGGUUACUCCGAGACCUUGCUGGAAAGGAUUGAAAAAUAUCAGCCAACAUGACUUGAAACACUAAAACCACUUUAACCACUCCACUUUAAACACUUGUGAAAAAUAAAAAAGUAAUUAAAAUGUAAUAAAGAA